AUGGGCGAAAGACGCUACCAAGAAGUACUCGAUGAUUACUGUAGCCAAAUGAGUGCUAACGUGGAUGAUACGAGCGAGUUCUACUGCGCCCGCGCAUCUGGCGUCGUUGAUGGAACUAUGAGAGCUCGAUUCGGAGUCAACAAAAAUGGAGCGAAUCCAAUAUGGCGUUGCUAUGCGUAUUUCCAUGACGAUCUUGGAGAUUUUUGCUUGGAUAGUUUCGGUGAAGCUUCUGUUCCCUGUAGCACUCCUGUACAUGUUGAUGGAAAGUACUGCACCAAAGAAUUUGAAAUUCCAGAAAUAAUUACGUCCUUGCAAAAUGGACUUUGCCCUGUUACGGCUGCUCCAACGACAACCACUACAUCUACGACUACGUCAACAACGACAACGACCACGACUACUACAACCACGAAGACGACGACGACGACCACGACGACGACCACGACGACGACAACGACGACGACAACGACGACAAAGACGACAACGACGACGACCACCACUACUACCACGACUACUACAACUACAACUACAACUCUUGGAAGCGGAUGGAUCAUCAACACGGGUGAUAUCAAUAUUUACUCCCACGAUUGGAUCAACACGCCGACAAUCUACCCCGACUGUCCAACGAAUCAUAACAACGACAGUACCGUCGAGUCCUGGGAGACUGUCGAGUCCGGCUGGAUCGACGCUCCAUCGAAUGCCGUCGUUAAUUUGCUCAAUAGCGCAACAGCUGACCAAGUUUGCGACGCUAUAAGAGCCGAGCAGAUCCCAUUUGCGACUGAAAAAGCAUCGACAGGGAAAUCAGUGAUUCCGCCUCUCUUUGGCGUUAACUGCACCCAGGUUACUGACGGUUAUUGCGUCGAAGCACAGGUCAAGUUCUGCUGCUUGGCGCCGGCUCCAACAACCACUUCAACUACUUCUACGACUGAAAAAACGACAACUACGACUUCAAGCAUUCCAAUUCAACCCUACUGCCAUCUUCAAGAAAAACUCGACGCCUACUGCUCACAAAUGUCUUCAACUGGCGAAGGAGAGUUCUUUUGUCAAAAAGCAUCGAAAACCGAGGCCCACGGUCUCAAAAUGGUCGCUCGUUAUGGUCUCAACAAAAACGACGCAGCGCCUGCGUGGAGGUGCUAUGGCUACUUGAAAACCUCCUCAGCCGAAAAUUGCGUCAAUGAUUGGGGAGAAAUGACGUCCUGCUUGGAGCCGAAUCCGGCAGAUGCUGUUUACUGCCCUCGAACGGCCGAACUUGAAGCAAUAAUUCAAGAAAACGCCGGAGUAAGGCGCUACCAAGAAGUGCUCGACGAGUACUGCAGUUUCAUGAGCCCAAGUGCGCCCGAAUCUUCCGAUUUCUUCUGCAACAAGGCGAAAAGCGUCGAAGGACAAAUGAAGGCUCGAUUCGGAGUGAACAAAAAUGGACAGUUUCCGCAGUGGAGAUGCUAUGCUUACUUCGAAAAUGAUUUGAACGACUUGUGCCUGGACGAGUUCGGCGAGAGGACUGUUCCUUGCUCGACGCCUAUUCAUAUCGAGGGCAAGUACUGCAGCCGAGAGGUCCAAAUGGGCGACAUACUCACUGCAAUGAAGAACGGAUUCUGCCCAGCCACGGCGCCUCCUACCACGACAAGUGAGAGUUUUGAUUUUUCUCGAUAA